GAGAGUUUGGUGAAAUGAGAGGAGGGGAGAAAGAGGAGAGAAGGGAAUAGAACUAGAAGCUGAGGUUAUUCUUCUCUUUAUACCUCGUUCCGAGAUCUCUUCUUCUUCUUCUCUCUCUCAUUACUUUUUUUUUGAUAAAAUUUAGAUCGAGUACUUGAUUGGAGAUGCAGUGACCUGGCCUUCUUCCGGAUUUGUUUUUUCUUUCUGAGUAUUUCGAUGUCAUCAGAGCGAGCUUUCCCCCAAUAUUUGUUCCGAAUUGUUUGGGAUGUGAUCCGAAGCGGAAAGAUGAUUCUUUCCCUUGGUUUAGAGUGUUCAGAGGUCGAUUUCCCGUGGAUUUUUGUAUGAAAGACGGUUUUUUUUUUUUUACUAUUUCUGGUGUUGGUUUUGGUGUCUCCAUGGAGUAGAUCUGGUUUGUUCGAUGUAAAAUAGGGGCGGGAGGAGAGAGAGAUGGGAAAGAUGGGAUCUUACUUCCUAUGUUCUUGCUAUUUUAGUAGCUUUGGACGAAUUUAGCGCCUUAUGUUAGCGAUUUUAUCGUCUUCUUCUGGGAACCCUGAUUCUAGAGAGGAGGGGGAAGGGAGUGAGAAGAAAAGGAGAGAGCUUUGGCGAUAGUUUUCUGCCAUGACUUACUUCCCCGAGGAGGUGGUGGAGCACAUCUUCGACUUCCUGGAAUCGCACCGUCACCGGAACACGGUGUCCACGGUAUGCAAGGCAUGGUAUCGGGUGGAGAGGCUGAGCCGGCGGAGCGUCUUCGUCGGGAACUGCUACGCCGUCCGUCCGGAGCGGGUGGUUGUGAGGUUCCCCGGCGUGAGGUCGCUCAGCGUCAAAGGGAAGCCCCACUUCGCGGAUUUCAACUUGGUUCCCCAUGACUGGGGUGGCUUCGCCCUCCCCUGGAUCGAAGCCUUCGCCCGGGGUUGCCCCGGCCUCGAGGAGCUCCGGCUGAAGAGGAUGGUCGUCUCCGACGAGAGCCUCGAGCUCCUCGCCCGCUCCUUCCCCAACUUCAAGGUCCUGGUUCUCGUCAGCUGCGAGGGUUUCAGCACCGACGGGCUUGCUGCGAUCGCCACCCAUUGCAGGGUCCUUAGGGAGCUAGAUUUACAGGAAAAUGAGGUGGAAGAUCGUGGGCCUCAAUGGCUCAGCUGCUUCCCUGAUUCCUGUACUUCGCUUGUGUCCCUGAAUUUCGCCUGUUUGAAGGGAGACGUAAAUGCCGGUGCAUUGGAGAGGCUCGUUGCAAGGUGUCCAAACAUCAGGACCUUGCGACUCAAUCGUGCUGUGUCUGUUGAUUCACUGUCCAAGAUCCUUGCUCGGGCACCCCACUUGGUCGACCUGGGCACUGGUUCAUUCACCAUGGAUCACCGUGCUGAAGCUUACCACAGGCUGAUGAAUAACUUCACUAAAUGCAAGUCGCUGAAAAGCUUGUCUGGGUUUUGGGAUGCUUCACCCCGCUGCCUUCCAGCCGUGUAUCCCAUUUGCAGAAACCUGACUGGUCUAAACUUGAGCUAUGCCCCAGCAAUUCAAGGUGCUGACCUCAUCAAGCUGAUUCGUCUGUGUUUGAAACUUCAACGGCUUUGGGUACUGGAUUGCAUUGGAGACAAAGGAUUAGCAGUUGUGGCCAGCACAUGUAAAGAGCUGCAGGAGUUGAGGGUGUUCCCAUCUGAUGUCUGUGGUGCGGGAACUGCUGUUGUGACAGAGGAAGGGCUGGUGGCCAUAUCCUCAGGAUGCCCGAAGCUGAACUCCUUGCUGUACUUCUGCCAUCAAAUGACGAAUGCUGCACUCAUCACCAUUGCGAAGAAUUGCCCACAUUUCACACGCUUCAGAUUAUGUAUCCUUGAUCCAGGGAAGCCCGACCCAGUGACUAAUCAGCCAUUGGAUGAAGGUUUUGGGGCAAUCGUGCAGUCAUGUAAAGAUCUAAGGCGGUUGUCAUUAUCCGGCCUUCUCACAGACCAGGUCUUCUUGUACAUUGGCAUGUAUGCGGAAUGCCUAGAGAUGCUCUCAAUUGCAUUUGCUGGUGACAGUGAUAAGGGAAUGAUGUAUGUGCUCAACGGAUGCAAAAAUAUGAGGAAAUUGGAAAUAAGGGAUAGCCCAUUUGGGGAUGCCGCGCUUUUGGAGGAUGUGGGGAAGUAUGAAACAAUGCGAUCCCUUUGGAUGUCAUCCUGUGAUAUUACCCUAAGGGGUUGCAAGACACUUGCGGCAAAGAUGCCAAGGCUCAAUGUGGAGGUCAUAAAUGAAAGGGAUGAAAGCGAUGAGAUGGAGGAAAAUCCUAGUGACCUUCACAGAGUGGAGAAGAUGUACGUUUAUCGGACUGUGGCUGGACCAAGGAAUGAUGCUCCAGAUUUUGUCUGGACGUUAUAGUAUUUGCUGGCAUGGCUAUAUUGCGAUUAUGAGUCUAUAAGUAUGCAGAGCGAGAGAUGGGAGAAGGGUGAUUGGAGCUGAUGCAGUGGGUAAGCUUGUCAGAGGGUAUUGUCUUUUUUAUAGUCCAAAGCCACAUAUAUGCCCUCAACUGCAGCAUUUGUUUUGAAACUCAUCAUUCCUUCCUUCAUCUUUCUCUAUGUUUGGUCACAAUGCCCCUUGGCUUUUUUCUUCUUUUGCUCCCCGGUUGUUCCCAAAGAUGACCAGCUUUUCUUUCACUACCCUUUGGCUUUUGGCUUUACCUUUGAAAGGCCUGCCAAAUUCUCCUCUGUGCUCGUUGGACAUAUGCAUGCGAAUCUGAUAUUUCACCGUUUGAAGCUGGGAACAAUUUAUGCCUGGGCUGGAGCUAGGAGUCUUCUGUUUCAGGGACUUGCUAGGCUUGCCUUGCAGCAAAUUAUGAUGGUGUAAACCAUUCAAGUGUUUGUGAAUGAAUGCUAAGACUAUUGUUUUGCACAAAA